AUGCGCCGUUUCUUCAAACAUGUCUCCUCCAAACUGAAGGAUGGACGACACGUUAAGUUUCCAACCUCAUACGAAACUAAUCCGGACCGCGAAGACAUCGAGAACCCCGACUACGCGGUAGGAUGGACCUUGAAAAACGUACCCUUUGAACUACGACCCUCAGGUAGGCCCAACCAACCCGAUCAAAGAGACGCGGACGACGCGGACGAUGAGAAUGAGGACGAUAAGGAGGAGCAAGAUGAUGAAGAUAAGGAAGAUGAGAGUGAUGAGAGCGACGGCAGCAGCGAGGAAGAAGGGGACGACGAUAGGUCUUCGAGCGCUGUGUCACAGUCAGCCCCGAAAGGUCCGGAGGAAUUGGUCCCCGUAGGCCCGGACGGCUUCAUCCAAAGGCGUGCCCUGAAAAGCGUCGCAUUGGGCGUGUGGAUUCGCAAACACAAGAAAACCCUCUCAUCCACCGAUUUCGAGGAUCUUUCCACAGAGCUUAGGCCCUGGCAGCUUGUCGGUGUCUCAAUACUCCGAGAGAUGCUGAGAGGCCCUCACAGGGGCGGCAUUCUGGGCGAUGGUAUGGGCCUUGGGAAGACGUUGACAGCGAUAGCUGUUGGUCUCCGAAGUCCUAAUGAGCCCUACAAAGGACCCGUGGUUAUCCUGGCUCCCAAGGGGGUUCACUCGACGUGGCAAGACGAACUCAAGUUUCACUUCAAGAAGGAUCGCCAGCCAAAGGUGCUCGUUCUUAGCGACAACCACACUCUUACCGACCGCAUUCUCAGCGAGAAGAUCGACUUCAUCAUCACCAGUUACCAUUGGUUGAUGAACCGGGAGCAACAGCUCGGCGUGGCCGAAACCACGAGUUUUGUAAUGCAUAUAGGAGGAAAAGACUCAGCAAAGGCCACAGGUCUUCAGACCUCGCAGAUGACCCCUCAACGAGUCACGCACGCCAUCAACUCCACCCCCAUGCAGCUGUGGGGAGCUACCAUUCCGUUGCUGAUUAUGGACGAGGCGCAUACAGUCAAGAACCACACCGGAGAGAUGCAUAAGGCGGCGUUGAUGCUCAAAUACGACACCUUCCUCGCUCUCAGUGGAACGUUUAUGCCCAACCGCUGGCAUGACAUCUAUGGCCUCGUCGAGUACCUGCCCAGAAACCCAUUCAGCUCUUUCAAGGACUUCGUCAGUUGCUUUGGAAAAAUGCAAGGAAAAAAAAUAUCGGCCACAUGCGACACCGAAGGGCUUAUCUCUUUUCUCGAUUCGAUUGUAGUCGCACGUCCUCAGAGUGUCAUGGAGCUGUCGGGCCUGGAAGAACACAAGGUCGAUGCACCGCUCCCUCAGGAGAGGGUAUUCAUCGUCGCAUCGCUCGCCGAAAAGUUUUAUCGACUUGCCCGCAUGGGACCCGGAGAAGAGAAACCGUAUACCGGCACAAGCAUCAACUUGGCUCUCUGUAAAUGCACUGAAGCGGAACUAGCCUCGGUCUCAGAACUCCUGGGUCGCGAUUCGGCACAACCCAUCGACACCACGGCGUUCAGUAAGUGGCUGGAACGGAAGGGCAUAGCCGCCGAGGACGCAAGCCCUGAAACUCUGCUCCAGUGGGUACAAAGCUGUGAGCCGAGAUCCAAGGAGCAAGCGGUCACAGAAGAUGGUGAUGAUCCAGGCGACGUUAACUACGUGCCCGGACAGCCCGAAGAGGCUGACGAAGAUAAAGAGGUGGCGGACGAGUCUGGCGGAGAGAAUGACGCUCUGGAUAACAUGGGCAAUGAAGACUACUACGCCGAGCAGACGACGGGCCGCCGCGGAAUGCGAAGGAACGCCUGGCUCGAAAAGCUUGAGGGGGCAGACCCCUCCUUGUACCUCGAAGAGCCGCGCAUCAAGGCAGUCUUACAAACUCUCAAGACCAUCUACGAAUCGGAGAGCAAACCCGACGUCAAGGUACUGGUCUUCUCGAGAUUCGUACGCGUCCUGGACAUCAUCGAAAAGGCUGUGUCGACGACGGAGGUCCACCAGAAGGACGAUGACCUUCAGCCCAGAAUCCUGCGCUUCGAUGGGACCAGAUCGCAGCAGCUGAGAGACAACGUCCGACACGAAGUCCAGAAUGGAAACGGUCCGGUUAUCGUCCUUAUGACCAUCGGUGCUGGAGGCGUGGGCCUCACCCUGACGGCGGCAAACCACGUAAUCAUGUGUGAGCCCCAGUGGACAAGGGCCGUCGAACUCCAGGCCAUCUCCAGAUGUUACCGGCAAGGCCAAAAGGAGAUAGUCCACGUUUGGACCAUCAUAUCCAGCAAUUCCGCCAUGGAGUUGUAUAUCCGCUCUUGCUCACACCAGAAGGCCAAGGUCAUCAACGGAAUCGCCAAGAGACUGGUGAGGGAAGACCAAGACACCUACGCCACUGCGUGGGACGGAAUGGAUUCUUACUACAUUGACGACGAAGGCGGUCCGAAUUUCGAGUUCACGGAGUGGGCUGACACAGGAUUGACAUUGUAG